CGCUUAUUGUUGUAGGACAAUAACAUCUAUAAAACAAUUUGCUGUAAUAUUAUAUGCUGGAAGAUCAAUUUUAUAAUAAAAACACCAAUAUUUAUAUAAGUCUACAGUAUAGAAGUUGAUCCUAACAUCUAAUUUGCAUUUAUAAGUGUCAAUCUGUGAGUGUAGUGUUAAGGAGUACCAUUAUGUCUUUUUUGUGCUAGUUGUUUCUUACAAGGUUUUUUUGUAAAGAAUUAUUACGAACUUUUUGCUAUUUUCGUUAUGCUUGAAUGUGGCCUGCCCCAUAAGAGAUAGCGAUGGCGAAUUUGAACUUUACAAGAAACAUUGGAGGAAACAAUCUUGGAAGAACAAGUGUUAGUUUCGGUAGUAAUUCUAUGUCUGGACAUGUUACUCCUGUUCUCGGACAAAGAAUACCUUCGGAGCGACGAGCCCUUCCUACUAUGGGAAACGCAAAUCAAAUGGGUCACAUGAGUACCUUAGGAGGUUAUAGUUCCUUUAACUCGGUUUUUGGUUCUGGUGAUACCAACACUCCAUCUCUUUUAGACUUUAACGAAUUUCCUUCACUUACAAAUCGAAACUCUGGUGAUAACGUCCCUCAGCCAAGUCCAAUGCCCGGUGGUAAACCCUACGUAGGAAUGGUCAAGCAACCCACGUCGGAAUCGAGCGAGUUUACGAUGUCCUCGGAGGAUUUUCCUGCGUUACCUGGUACGCAAAAUAGGGAAGGAGCGUCGCCUGGAAGUAAUGCUUCGGGGGACAAAGGAGUGAGUGGAGGUGCGGGAGAUGGUGUGAAUUCGAGAGAAGGAGACAAGAGUGGUUCAAAAUCAGGUAUUCAGACGUCGCCUGAUGGCAGAAUAACAAAUAUUCCAGCAAGUAUGGUGAAUGAUCAAUUUGGUAUAGUAGGUUUGUUGACCUUUAUAAGGGCAGCUGAGACUGAUCCAAAUCUUGUAUCAUUGGCCCUAGGCCAAGAUUUGACUGCACUUGGACUGAAUCUCAAUUCACCUGAUAACCUAUACCCCACGUUUGCCGGACCCUGGGCGGAACAUCCGUGUCGGCCGCAGGACAUCGAUUUCCAUGUACCUCCUGAGUAUAUCAUUAACCAUGCGAUAAGGGAGAAACUCGCAUCAAUGAAACUAAGUCGGUAUAAAGACGACCUACUGUUUUUUAUGUUUUAUAAUAAUGUUGGUGACGUACUUCAAAUUGCAGCUGCCCAAGAACUAUACAGCCGAGAGUGGAGGUACCACAUAGAAGAAAAACUUUGGAUGACGCAAGUACCGGGUAUGGUUCUUAUGGAAAAGACAUCAACGUACGAGAGAGGGACUUACUACUUCUUCGACCCGCAAAAUUGGCGAAAAAUCCCGAAAGAAUUCUACUUGGAAUACAGUAAACUCGAAGGACGACCGGUCAUGAAUCAAAACCUACACCACAAUUCAUGAAAGUCCUUAUCCAUGACACCACCCGUUUAUGAAUAAAUGAAAAGUGUAUAAUUAUAUUCGGAAUAGAAUUGGUUCGUUCAUAAAACAUUAAGACCACUGUUUUAAAAUAGGUAGAGAUCACAAGGUGAUUGAUAUCAGUCGUUAGUCCAGGUCCGUACGGUCGUAAUUUAUUUUUUUGCUUCAUUCUGUAAAAUUAUUUGCUAAAAUAAAUUUUAUGAAACUUCUAGAAAUAUCGUUAGACUUAUUGUCAUGUGGAGUUGCAUUCUACAAAAAUUUUUAAUAGACUUUAUCCAUCUAAAGAAAUCGACAGUGUUUAUAUUAUGUUUUUUUAGUCAUUUCCUUAAUAUAGGGUGACAACUAUUCAUUUUUCCCAUUUUGUAUAACGAUUUUCCAAUCAACUGUUUGUUUUGAAUAUAUGGAAGUAAUAUUACUAGAACACGGAUAAAUCAAUAAUCAAUUAACUCAAGACACGAGAAUAUUAACUUUUAGCCACCAAGCAACUUGUGUCCAAGCAAAUAUUGGACACUUGGUUUUAUCAAAAGCAUGGCAACACCGAA